GAGAGAGAGGAACAAAAGUUUUGAGGGAGACCACAUAAUUGAGAGGGCUGCCCUUCCUUUUUCUCUAUCUGAGCAUGGACAGUGCGAGCUUCUUUACUUCACGGCAAUAGCUCUCUCUCUCUCUCAUGGUGGGUUUCAGAUGGUGCCAUGAUGGUGCAAUUUGGCCUCCUCUGUAAAACCACGACACUCCUCUUUGUCCUCCAUGUCCUUGUCUCUGUUUCUCAUGGCAAUCUCACCACAACUGAAACUUCCAUUGCAGGCUCAAUCCCCACAAAUAAUCAGGAUCUGGUAGAUGAGAAGACAAGACUUGGUUCGACGCCACCGAGCUGUCGCCACAAGUGCAACGAGUGUUACCCCUGCAAGGCGGUGCAAGUCCCUACCCUCCCAAUGCAUGAUAGAAUUCGCAGAGGCUUCGAGCCAUCAGUCCCUCUCUCUCUACCCGAUGAUGGCAAGAUGUACUCAAAUUACAAGCCCAUGGGAUGGAAAUGCAAGUGUGGAAGCCAUCUUUUCAACCCCUAGCUUCUGGAUUUUGUACAAAUUAAGAAAAAACCAACUUGUUUCUAGAGAGAGAGAGGUCCUCUAUCCAUGACAAAAACACGGUAGAGAGAGAAACCCAAAACCCAACUCACUCUCAAAGCUUGUUUCUCUAGAGAGAGAAACCAAAAGCACCCACAAAGCCUGUUCCUCUGAUGAGAGGGAGCGAGAGAGAAACAUGCAGCUGAUACAUGAUUUUUCAUGAAUUUCUUUCCCCUGGUAUUCUUUUGGUCAAUACAACACAGCAUAGUGAUCUUUGUACACUUCAAAUUUUAAUGUUAUAGGGCGCUUUACAGAGCCUUUGGGGUGUGGU